UUGGGGCUACGUAAUCCCGCCACCCGCAACAGAGCGGAGGCCCGGCCCGCCUGGCACCGCGCGUUAUGGACAAGCACGGCGGUCGGAUGAAGGAGAAGCGGCGUUAUAAGGUAAAGAAGGAGCUGGUUGCAACUGCCCAAAGAAAGAAGCUGUUUCAAAGUCUCCCUUGUUCCUCAAGACCUUGACUGGAAGGACUUCAAAAGCUGAACAAGAUUUCCAGGCAAGUUUAUAUAGAAAAGAACUUGCCUGCGUGAAGGACGAUGACCGCUUGAAGUGACCUGUUUUCCAUGGUGAAUUGCAAAAGAAUGUGGAUUAACCUAAUUCCGUGCUGCCUGUUGAUGGUAGCACAUUUAUGUAUUCUGAACCAGUUUGUCUACAGCCAAGAAAAAGAUUCUUCAUACUCAGCUAAGAACUUGACAUGUAUAACACACAAUCUUGAUAAAGUUGAUUGCACUUGGACUACGGCUGCUGGAGAUGAUUCUGAACUUAUUUAUCAAUUCUGUUACAAUGCCAGUUUCCCCAAUCCAGGAUGUUCAUUUACUAAGGAAAAACAGGCAACAUUUGCAUUAAUUGUAUUUGACUAUAUGCGGAUUGAGAUAAUCACCUUAAAUUCAUCUGCAGAAGUGGAGAAAACCCUAGCUAGAAAAACAUUUCUGCUGUCUGAGAAAGAUGUUUCCCUUGUUCCUCAGAUGCCUCAUAUUCAUAGACUGACUCCAGAUUUUUUAGCUGACAGAGUGAUUCUGGAAUGGUAUGAUGGUGGAUCAGUCCUUCCAUACGAAAUUGAUUCUACUUGGCAAAUCCAGAUUCUACGUAAAGAUCCUAUGGAGGAAGUAGCACUAGGGACCUAUAACACUACAUCAGUUGCCAGCAAUGACACACUCCUUCAUUGGGAAUGGACAUCAGAUCUGCCUUUUAAUUGCACUACUCACUACAUUAGGAUCCGCUGUUUCCUUCACGAGAAAGACUUUGCUGGAAGGAAAAUGUGGAGUGAAUGGAGCCCAUUUGCAAAUAUUUCAGGAUAUGAUACAGGCAACGUCACAAAAAUGUACCCAUUAGAUAAAGUGGUGGCAGCAGGUUCCAAUGUGACUUUCUGCUGUAUACACAAAGCUGAAGACACUGUUAUGGUCUUUGAUUAUGGUUCAUGUGACUUUCUGCAGUGUGAGACUGCCCCUCUCACCAAGUGGAGCAAGUUACUCUUUGUGCAAAAUGUUAGUACUGAAGUUAAUUCUGGAUUUAAUGCCUGGUGUAUAAUGGAUAGGCCAGGAACAUACCCUCCUCCCUAUGCUGGAACAGUUUUAUUUGUGGGCUAUCCUCCUGAUGUUCCACAAAAUUUAAGCUGUGAAACACAAAAUUAUAAGGAAAUAACAUGCAGAUGGGAGGAGGGAAGGCCCACCUUGUUAUAUGGCUCAAGACAAACCAGAUAUACCUUAUUUGAACGAAUCUCUUGGAAAAAUAUCUCAUGUGCAGAAGCAGGUCCUAAAUUUUCUCAGUGUGACUUUCUGGUCCUGAAGAAUCAAACAGAAUACCACUUCACACUACACGCUUCCAAUAAUCUCGGCCAGUCAGAAGCUUCCCUCUCAAUUGAUAUUAGGCACAGAGUUCACCCACAAACUCCUACAGAAUUAACGGUGAGCGGUGGAAGUUCAACCAGCUUCAGACUGUCUUAUUAUUUGCCUGGCAAUUUCAGAGAGACCAAAGUGCAAUGCCAGCUUCAAAUUUCCUACAGCACUAUCCAAGAAGAACGGAAUGUGCUGCUGGAUGAUUUAGGAAGUUCUCGUUACACAGUCUUAGUGGACAAAUUGCAUCCGUACACAACAUACAUUUCCCGAGUUAAAUGUAGAACUCCAGAGCCUUUCUUUUGGAAAUGGAGUGGUUGGAGCAAGGAGAAGUCCUACACAACUCAGCAAGCCCGUCCAGCAAGAGAGCUUGAUAUCUGGAGGGAGAAAGAUGCUAAUGAAGAUACAGUCACCAUCUUUUGGAAGCCACUCCCCAUUCUCGAAAGCAAUGGAUUGAUAGAGACUUAUGAAGUAUAUUGGACCCUGCCAGAUCAGUCCAAACAGAGGGAAUCAGUGCCUGCAUCCCGCAACUCCACCAAAAUCAAACUGAGGAAAAAUGAUUACGUAUUUACAGUGGUGGCAAGGAAUGAAGCAGGUGUUUCUCCUCCUUCUUCAAUAAAUAGUGCAGAUCUUCCAGUGGGUGAUGUUCCCACAGAGGAGGGAGUUGGAAAAGGUGAUGGUAUUUCUCUUGCUUGGCGCCCUGACUCCAAUGUGACUUGUGGUUACGUAGUGAGAUGGUGUUAUGGUCCUGAACCAUGUACAGCUGUCCACUGGGAGAAGUUUUCUUCAAAUGUGACGAAUGCUGUUGCCAAAUCAGCUGCCUUCCAGCCUGGAGUUCGAUACAUGUUUUCUGUCUUUGGCUGCAAAGAAAAUGGAUAUCAGCUACUGGGAUAUAUCAAUGGCUAUGUACAAGAACUGAGUCCCAAAACUGCACCCACUUUCAGUGUGGAGCAUGCCACCUCAGAUUCCAUCUUAGUAAAAUGGAAGAAUAUAUCUGUUGAAGACAGCCAAGGCUUUUUAAGAGGCUAUUUGCUUCAUUUUGGCAAAGGAGAGAAAGAUGGCCCAAAGCCAGAAUCUUUUGAACCAGUAAUUAAUAUCACUGAUGUAAGUCAAAAUGCAUUGACGAUAACGGGCCUUCAAGGGAAAACCAGUUACCACCUGACUUUUAGAGCCUAUACAGCUGGAGGAUAUGGACCUCCCAAUACCUUGUACGUGAUUACAAAGGAAGAUGCUUUGGGAUUGAUCAUUGCCAUAAUUAUCCCGGUGGCUGUGGUUCUUGUGUUGGCAAUAGUAACCAGUAUUCUCUGCUACCGGAAGAGGGAAUGGAUUAAGGAAAUCUUCUAUCCUGAUAUUCCAAACCCAGAACACUCAAAAGCUUUGGAUUUCGCUAGGGAUUCAGAGGGGAACGCUAAUUCUAAAACCUUGGAGAUGAACCCAUGUACUCCCAACAACAUUGAAGUGGUUGAAACACAGUCCCAGGGUGUGAAGAUUGAAGACACAGCCAUUACAUCACCUGUUAUGGAAGAGCUUCUUGAAGAUAGCUUUGAAUCUGAAUCAGGGAGCCACAUUGUGGUUUCCUAUUGUCCACCAAUCAUUGAGGAAGUCAUAUCUAAUCAACCAGAGGAUGAAUCUAUAGUGUCUUCCCAGGUUGUUUAUAUUGAUGUCCAGUCAAUGUAUCCAGCUCCAGUUAAACCAAAUGAAGAGUUAGAAGCUGACUCUGCGGCUUCAGCAGGCUAUAAACCACAAAUGCAACUUGCAGUUAAUAGUUUAAGAAAGUUGGAGGAAACAUCAAUGACAGAAGAGGACUCAGACAAGGUUGCAGGCUAUAGACCACAAGUGAACACAUCCUCCUGGAAUAAAGGAUGUCCAGAUUCUCCAGAAUCCAUAGAAAAUGUCUCAUUUGGGAGCCCUUGUUCAAUUAAUUCUCGGCAGUUUUUGAUUCCUCCUAAAGAGGAUGAUGAUUCCCCCAAAGCUAUUAACUCAGGAUGGUCUUUUGCUAACUUAUUUCACACCAAAUCAAAUGAUUAACACUGAGACAUGGUUGCCUUGGAAGUGGCUGUUUGCUUGGAACUGGUUGUUAACAGUUUAUUAUCCCCGAGUGUUUAUUAUUUCAUUUCAGUGAAAUUGAAAGUUACAGUGGACACGGCAGUGGUAACUUGUAUGACUAGUAGAGAUGCUAAUUCGCAGCAUCUCAGGGAAGGUAGUUCUAAAGCCAAAGAACAGCAACCAGUCUUCAACUACCUUUGAACUGUCUUCCCUUUACCCUGCUGUCAGUAGGGCACAGUGCUCCUUAUUUGUAACUAUAUUUAUGGCUUCCUAUUCUGAAUAUGCAAGAGCAAAAAGUUAUAAGCAAAAUUUAUUUCAGCCUCAAAGGGAUACAUAUAUGCAGGUGUGUUCAGGAUUGGGGCCUUGUUGUCUAAUCAAGUAUAUUUUUUAAUUUUUUAGAAAAUAUUUAGCUCACCCUUUGUUAGAGGAUCUUAUUGCUAAAAAUACAGCAGACGGAUGUUACAGGGGCCAAACGCUACAGGACCAUACACUGCGAGUCCACAACUAGACACUGAAAGCCCCAGACACCCAAACGUUACAAGAUCACAAGCAA